AGUGACCGGCCACGCCUGCCGUCGAUAACCUUCUGCGGCGGGGCCGCACCUCGGCCGGCGGUGGGGACAGACCCCACUCACGCCCGUCGGGCGGGCGUGACCGCUGCACGACGCGGAGGGGAGCCGGGUCAUGGCACGCCGGCCUCCGCGGGUAACCUUCACGGGCCGCUCCACGAGCCCCGCCCAGCCGCAGGAGAGCGGCGGCGGCCAGCGGCCGGCCGCUGAGCGGCACUUCAGUUCGGUUUCACCCGCCGCUCCGUCGCCACCAUGACUGCUGCGCUCCGUCCUCUGGGCCCUCUGCGGCCGCUGCUGCUGGCGGCUGUGCUCUGUGCCGUGCCCCUGGCCGCCUUCCCCAAUGGCGCCCCCACGGAGGCCUGUCUGCGGGGUAUGGUUCCGAAUCACCGCGGCGCCAGGAGCGGCAACAUCGCCUCGAUGCCGUUCCGCGUCACCAGACAGACGACUGGCAGCGGAGUCAGAGUGACCAUCGAGCCGCUCCAGGCCAACACCUACUUCCGCGGGUUCAUGGUGAUGGCUCGCGAGCCGCGCGGCCGCUCGUGGGCCAAGGACAAGGGCGCCUGGCAGCCGGUGUCCAACGUCAACCUGCUGAACGAGUGCUCGUCUAUCACGCACGCCGACCGCAGCGAGAAGGCGCGCGUCUCCGUCACCUGGAAGGGAGACCCCAACGUCGACCUCUACGCCACGGUUGUGCAGAGCUACGAUACAUUCUGGGCCGAGAUUCCAGUGGAGGAGGCGGCCCCUAACCAGCGGGUCGAUUCGUCGGCCCCCCAGCGCGCGGUGGUCACCAACCGACCCUUCGAGCGACCAGAGUUUGCGCCCAUCGUCGACCAGAGUCGCUUCAACGUCCAGGAGUUCUUCAGACAGCAAUAGAAGCUUGAAGGAACGCCUCGACUGAAGAGGUGUAAGAGUGAAGACAAAAAUAUAUCCAGCACAAUAAUUGCCUAAUGGGUGUAGCUGUGCACUGUGUAGCGCAGUUAAUUGUGGUGACCUUCUACUGUCCGACGAAUGUUCUUAGAACAUUGACACUAGCGUGGUCACCGGGUUAUGAGAAUCCAGUGUUGUGGCGAAAUCGGGUAUCGGGUACAGGGAGUGUAUUGGAAUGUAAUGCUAAAAUAUGCCAAAGGUGAAUAAAGUGUAAAUACAUAAUGACGACACAA